AUGGGUCUCCCUAGCCCAGUCUUGGCACUCAUGGGUCACCCUAGCCCAGUCUUGGCACUCAUGGGUCACCCUAGCCCAGUCUUGGCACUCAUUCGCCCUAGCCCAGUCUUGGUACACAUGGGUCACCCUAGCCCAGCCUUGGUACUCAUGGGUCACCCUAGCCCAGCCUUGGCACUCAUGGGUCACCCUAGCUCAGUCUUGCACUCAUGGAUCACCCUAGCCCAGCCUUGGUACUCAUGGGUCACCCUAGCCCAGCCUUGGUACUCAUGGGUCACCCUAGCCCAGCCUUGGCACUCAUGGGUCACCCUAGCCCAGCCUUGGCACUCAUGGCUCCUAGCCCAGCCUUGGCACUCAUGGGUCACCCUAGCCCAGCCUGGCACUCAUGGGUCACCCUAG